GUGAGGAAGAAGAGCAGCGGUAUAGGAUAGGAGCAACAUGGCAGAGAACUAGCCUUUUUCUAAAGCAGGACAGGAGCCAAUGAUCCGUAUGCUCUGCUGGAUAUUGGGGAGGUUAGAGUUAUGGAGUGCCUGAAUAUCGUUCGCUCCGGUUUGGGAUUGCUCUUCCUCUCUCUUCUGGCCUCCACGGAGAAGCUGUCGUCGACAGGGAGGAACGUUUGCCUCAGCCCAAGGGGCUCGGCUCUUGUGUGUUGUUUAGGAUGGGCCCAGCAGGGUGAUGAGUGCACAACACCACUUUGUGAAGGACAGAAUGCCUGCAUGCAGAAUGAGGUGUGUGUGUAUCCCGGAGUGUGCAGUUGUAAACCAGGCUUUUUUGGAUUCCAGUGCAAAACUUCCUGCCCUCCUGAGUUCUGGGGCUCAGACUGUCGUAAGCAGUGCCUGUGUCACCCUAACGGCCGCUGUGACCCCGUUACGGGUGUGUGCAAGUGUCUUUCCAACUACUGGGGCGAUCUGUGCCAGAAUAGCUGUAAAUGUGGACGCCAUGGCCGCUGCGACCCCAUUUACGGUAACUGCACGUGUGAAAAAGGCUGGUGGAGUUCCACCUGCACCAAAUUGUGCCAGUGCCACCCCGAAACCUCCAGCUGUGACCCUGCUACAGGCCAGUGCAUUUGCAAAGAGGGCUUCUGGGGUCAAAAGUGCAGCAGUUACUGCAACUGUAAUUCAUCACCGUGCAAGCAACACUCAGGUGAGUGUCAGUGUAUAAGUGGUUGGUGGGGACCUGAUUGUAGGCGGCAGUGCAUUUGUGACCUGAUCCACAGCAAGUGUGACCCCAACACAGGAGAGUGUCUGUGCCAACUGGGUUACAAGAAGCCCUUCUGCAAUGAACCGUGCAGUGCAGGAUCCUAUGGCAGCGGCUGCUUGGAGAGCUGUGGUCAUUGUGAAGGAGGCAAACCAUGCUCUAAACUGGACGGCUCAUGUAGCGCCUGUGCUCCGGGAUGGAACGGCACAAGGUGUGAUCGACCCUGUCCACCUGGUUACCAUGGCGUCCACUGCCAGGAGGCGUGUCCUCGCUGCAGGAAGGGAAAACCAUGUGAUGCUGUAACAGGAAAGUGUGCACACUGCGAACCUGGCUGGACUGGACCCAGGUGCGACCAGAUGUGCGCGGACGGCACCUUUGGGGACGGCUGCCGUUUCCCGUGCAGUCCUUGCUAUCAUGGACGCUGUGAUCAUGUGACAGGAAGGUGUCUUUGCCAGCCUGGCUUUCAGGGUGACAGGUGUAACAGUUCAUGUCCGGAUAAGAUGUAUGGAAUAGACUGCUUGUCGGCCUGUGACUGUGGAGGCGAUCCAUGCCAUCCUGCUACUGGAGAAUGUCCCUACAGCAGGCGGUCAGGGCUUCUAGUAGGACUUCUGAUCCCUCUGCUGGUUCUCUUCCUUGCCUUGUUGUUUUGUUGCUGCUGUUGUGGACAUUCAGCUGAUGGAAAGGACAGAGCGGCAGAAGGUGACAGGAGCACAACUGGACGAAUGAAGCAUCAUGUCUACACAGUGCUGGCCAACAUGAGCUCAGCCAUGCCGUGUCUCUCUCUCUGGUCCUCCGGUCUUCCCAGGGUUACAGUUUCUCACCAUGAUCCAGAAGUCACCUUUAACCACAGCUUCAUCGAACCUCCCUCAGGCUGGGUUUCGGAAUCUUUUGAGACUGAUGAGGAUGGAGAGCCUGUGUACUGUGUCCCUCCUAGAGAAGACAUCCCAGCUGUGGCAGGAGGUGAGCUUCAGUUUCAGGAAAUGGGCUCGAAGUGUAACUACUUAUCUGAGCCACCAACGUUUAGCAGUGAGGACAUGUCUCUGGCUUUCGGUAUACCAAGGACCUCUAGCAUUGCCAAAUCCAAGCGGCCCUCUGUGUCUUUUGCAGAAGGCACCAAGUUCAGCCCCAAAGAACGGCGAGGCUCGACUCAGGAGCUUGCCCGCAAGGCAAAAACUCCUUGGGGAGCCUUGAUGCUCUCCAGUUUGCAGGGAACACAGGGCAGAGAUGAGCAGCCCAAAGAAGAAAAGGAGGAGAUAACUGAUGAGGUGAUAGCCUUCUUGGAGGAAAAAGCAGCUACCUCCUUACCUGAGGCAGACUCAGAGAGGUACGGCUCCACCCCAACAAGGACUCAUUUAACUGUCCCAGGCAGCAGGUGGCACAAUCCAUCUAACCCUAAGAAGAGCCUACAGCCGCAGCCCUCAUCUGAGGAGCCUGAGAUGGAAACAGAGACAGAGAAGAUAUCCACUGUCUAUGUGACUGUGGGCAAGCCCUUGCGGGCAUCCAAGGCAGACUUGAGCUCUGAGGGGCCAGUACAGGCAAUGCUGCGCAGGCUGGGCAGCAUCCAAAGACAGAGAGAUGAAACCGGACAACCCAAAAAUAAGGGGGCUGCUGUGACAAAGCCCCCACGCAGAAAACUGGGGGCACAGUCCAGUUUGUGGGAGCAAACGCCUCUUUCUGGACAGCCAGAUGUUGUCCUGAGGAAGCCCAGCCGUAGAAAACACACGUCCUUUAGCUCUCCAUGUACAGUAGGGGCUACAGACUCCCAGCAGGAUAGCAGCGCCCCUAAGAGACCUUUGUCCUCUAUACUUAAGAAUGUCCCAGAAAGAAAUACGCAGGUCUCAGGUGGGGACACAGACACAAGACCAGCCUCUGAAUCAGAGACUAAGAGUGAGGCUAUCUAUGAGACAGUGGCUGUAUCGGAUGAGGUGUCUAAUUCAUCAGAUGUUAGCACUAAUGAGACUGUGAUGGAAGAAGAUAAAGAGCCCAAAUAUGAAAAUGUUUAUUUAAAUCACUGCUAAGACUGAGUAGGUGAUAUACUGAUACUCAACCCAUUGUAGAAGUAUAUAUCUAUUUCUGUAUCAUUGAAUGCUGUUUGAAAACAAUCACUCACACUUUUCCCUCACUUGCAAUACCUUUUAUAUUGUUGUUUUUCGCAUUGUAUGUAUUUUUUGUACUUUUGUCAUUUCUCUUUAUAAAUAUUUUACAAAAUAAUCUGUUGAAACGGUUGUUGG